UUUGCGGUCAUAUUCAGGUUUAUUUGAGCAGAGCUCUGGCGCCUCCCCUGGAUGGAGCUGCUGCUCAUUUCUGGAGUCCAGGCUGAGUCAGCAGGCAGGAAUCAGGAAGUGUGAUCCAACGCUGGCACAGCGGCGAGGAGGAGCAGAGAUGGCAGCAUCCGGAACACAAUCCGAGCUGAGGCUGGUGGUUCUGGGCCCGAUCAAGCCGGGGAACAGAACCGCAGUCUGCUCCAUCCUGGGCCUGGAAGAGAGCCAGCGGGACGCCGAAGCUCAGGAAUGUACCAAACACAGAGGAGAAGCUGCUGGCAGGCAGGUCGUUGUGGUCUCCAGUCCAGCCUGGUACGACUCCGCCUGCAGCCCAGACGAGCGUAAGACCCACAUUUCCUCCCUCAUUGCCUCGUCCAGCCCCGGGCCCCACGCCUUCCUGCUCUGCGUCCCGUUGAACGAGCCCGCUCGCGAUGAGUCGAUGGCGCUAGACGCCCUGGCGAAGCUGUUCGGCCCCGCCGCCGUCAGCGGACACACCGUCGUCCUCUUCACGCACACGGAGGAGCUGGGAGAGGACGAGACCCUGGAGCAGUACGUCGUCACGUGGCGCAAAGACCUCCAGCAGCUGGUGGAGAGGUGUGGCGACCGCUACCACACGCUGGAGAGCGGCGGCGGAGCGGCGGAGGAGGGCCGGGCCGUGGAGGAGCUGCUGGAGAAGGUGGAGCAGGUGGUGAAGGAGAACGGAGGCAAACACCUGAGCUGCCCUCUGUACCGGGAGGCCGAGGACCGGGUGAGGCAGCGGCAGACGGAGAUCAUCCUGCAGCGGAGCGCCAACUCUUCGGCUUCGAACUCGCAACAGGAAGUGAUGGAGGAAGGAAUGGAAGCGGUCAGAGAAGAGGCGGAGAGGAGCGCCGGCGAUUUCGAUUUGAAUCUGGAUGAUAUUUUCCCCUCUGAUGGGAAGAGCGUCUCGCCCUCCUCUGCCCCUCCGUCGCUUCUGCGGGGCUUAUGGGAGAAGCUGGUGGACUGGGUCAGGUGGCUGUCCAGUCUGGUGAGAGUGGAGGCUCUGCUCGGGUCCCUGGUGGGCCUGUUCGUUGGGGGGCCCAUGGGCGGCACGGUGGGGGCCACUGUGGGGUCAGUGGCUACCGAAGUGAGCAGAAGGAAAACAGAAAAAACUAAAUGAGGAGCACUUUUAAAACAAAUAUGCAAAUUCCCUGCUAACAGAGGUACAAAUAGCUGAACUGCAAAAACACAAAAUCUUACUUGAAAUAAAACAAAAUGAACUUGCAAGUAACUUAGUAUCAAUAUAUAAAAGUUUUUUUUAAGUCAAUAAUUUCUUAAAGGUGAUGAACAGUUCUAGUUCCACUUGCACAUUGUGUCACUUCUAACAUGGGGAAAUUGUCUUAUUAGUGAAAUAAUCUGCCAGUGGAACUGGUUCUUUUCAACAAUAUUAAAAAACUAUUGGCUUAAAACAAACCGCAUCUUGCCGAAAACGUACUUGGAAUUUAGUCUUGUCUUAUUUCAAGCGUAUUAAGAUAUUUGGACUAGAAACUAAACCAAACAUUCUUGGUUAGAUUGAGCGUUUUGGCAGUUCAGUUAUUUGUAGCUCUGUGUUGCUGGGCAACACGUGUUAAAAGACUCGGCUUCACAGGGACGCGUGAAAAGGGGUUUCUGCAUAAAUAUGAUCUAAAAUCUAGUUUCACAUCAGAUUAUGGUUAGAGGUGUCAUGGUUUGGGUUUGGUGGCACAGGAGGCCUUUAUUAAUUAGUACCUGGACAGACGGGGAUCUUGGGACUGGGAAUCCAAACGGGGACAACUGUGUUAAGGAAUGUAGCUGCAAAUCAUAAAAAGUCUCGACAUCUGGAGACUCAACGCCUUUGAACAGCCAAUUUUCCAGCUUGAUGACAGAUCAGUGGACAGUAAGAUGCAUGAAUAUCCUUAAUUGUGGGUGAUCGGUAGCGGUGCACUGAUCGCAGUUUUCUGACUUGUCGCCGACCUUUUUCGCAACGUGACGAUGUGGAAAAGUUCUGGAGGUCUGAAUUCUUUCUAUGAGGCGCCAUUUGCAUCAAUAUCUUCAGAAAAUAAGCGAACCAAGUAUCGUCACUCUUGGUUAUUUAUAACUCAGCUGCUUUUGUGGAGAUGUGACAAGAUACUAGUUCAUAUUUACGAAAUACUUUAGUAUGUUUCAACCCCAAUCACUGUCAACCCAGCGAACAAUUUAGCUUUAAACAAAUCCCACUGCAGUUCAUUGUUUAAAAUAACGUCUUUGUUUGACAGACUGCUGGUAUUAAACCUGGGGGAAAAAAUCCUCAUUCCCAUUCAGAGCUACAUUUCUCUUAGGGUUUUUCUCACUAUGACCCAGAACCCUUCGAAGUACGCAUCCUAAAUUUAUUUCUGUAAAUACUGACUGUCAAAAAUCAAAUUUAAACAGAAGACAUCUAGAUAAAAGAACGUCUUCUCCUGGUACAUUCCCAGCUGUUCGUUUCUGCUCAGGAUGUUUGCAUCUAUUAAAGAUGUCAUUUCAUCCUUACAGCUAAGCUCAGAUGGGAUGAUAUUUGCUGUUUUGCUGUUAGUUUAGGAAUAAUAAACACAUACGUUGAAACUGGGCUGGACGAAAAGAUCACAUACUGGAAGUUAUUUUUGGCUAUAAUUUGCCCAAAUAUCACUAAUUUUUCUCAACUGCUGUGCCUUAAACUGCUUUGUUUACUGCUGUUCAAACACUCUCUGUUCACUUGAGAAAAGUAUUCAACCCCUUUGUUAUUAUUCUGCCUCAACUUUGAGUAGGUUUUGAUAUUCCUUAUAGUGAGAAAGUUACAAUCUACAUCCCUCUGCAAUUUAGACAGUGGUUGAAGCAUGGAAAAAAAUGUUCUACGUAAAUGAAUGCUUCGCUAUACAUUCACACAUUGGCGCUAUUCCAGAUAGAGAAGGGAAAGUAGCAAAUCUUCGGCAAAAAAAAAAAGUUUUAAAAUUGGCCUCAGAAAUUUUCUAGAAAAAUUGACAUCUUUGAGCUCCAAAAGUCGACAAGUUGAAAAUGUUUGACAUUUGGAGCACAGAAAUGUCCCAAGUUUUUAUUUUAUUUUAUUUAUUUUUUAUUUUUUUAAGGAAAGUUCUGAGAUUUUUCUCCAAAUUUCUAAAUUUUCUGGCGGAAAUUGACUCCAUUUUUGUGUCUGCAGUGGGUCUAACACGCCGUCGUACUGUUUAGGGCACAUUGAAACCGACGCCUUCAUUAGGAGGCGAUACCAAGAAUGAUCCACAAGAUGGCGGCGUUGAUCUUUACGUGUGCGUUCACUGUGAUUGUUUACUACUUACCAAGCAAAUAAAAAGCUGCUGUUUUAACAACUCGA